AUGCCUGGGGCAGAUGGUCCCUAUCCACUUCCAUCGGAUGCUGAAGAAGCCGCGAGACUCGAAACCCAAUAUCUACUCCUCAAGUUCUGCUUCGACGGACAAUUCACGUUUGCUCCAGUCAACCUCGUGGAUGGAGAUAAAGUGCUGGACUGUGGGUGCGGUUCCGGCGUAUCCCUGCACGCAUUUACGCGUUUACGACUCAAAGGGCUCUGGACACUCGACCUUGCGCGUUCGUUCGCUUCCUCUACUGGCGUCUCAUUCACAGGAAUCGACAUCAACCCGUCCAUGUUUCCCACUGAUAUUCCUCCAUCUGUCUCCUUCGACGUCCACUCUGUCCUCUCCCUACCAUCCUCAUGGACCUCCCGCUUCACGCUCAUAAACCAGCGCUUCCUAAUCGGCGGUCUCACUGUCUUUCAAUGGCCCGUUGCCCUGCGCGAGCUCUACCGCGUUCUGAAACCCGGUGGAUGGGUGCAGCUUAUGGAGUCCUCUAUGGGUUGCGAGCCGGAAGAAGAUGGCGUCGAGCGGACGCGCGCCGAGCGGCUAAUCUGCGCGCUACUUACCAAACGCGGGUGCCUCGUCUCCGACCGCUUCGCGACGAUUGAGUCUAUGCUGAGCGAUGCUGGGUUUCGAGAUAUCCGUGUCGUAGAGAAGGUGUACUCGGAUGUUCAGUGGACGGCCGAGCAAAGGGAAGCAAACAGGGCGUUGUUUCUGAGUGUGAUGCGGGGUAUCGAGCCGGCCGUACUGCGUGAGGGACUCGAAAGCGAAGAGGGGUACGAGCAGCUCAUGCACGAAACUCAACGCGACAAGAACCUGGGUAUGACCGGCGGGAUUGGGAAGGUGAUUGUCUUCUGUGCUCAAAAACUCGACGUGUAA